UGGUUAAGAGGCCCAGAAUUUACGUCCGGAUCCUGCAAAGAAGACCUGAAAACUGAGAAGCCAUUUUUCUUCGAAGCUUCCUCCAUCGGCAUCGACGCCUGAGCAGACAUAUCGCGAUACCCAUGGAAACACUCACCUCCCCGGCCACCGAUAUGACUAUCAUCUCUUCAUACUCCUCUUCCUUCUCCAUCUUCUCUCCUAAGCCGAAACUUUCUCCGCCUAGAAUCAUACGCUUUCCCGCCUCUUCCAAAAAGAACAGUAAUGAUUCCGAUCUCCAAUUUGAUCCGAACAAAACAAGCAUCGUUCCUUUCUUUGGCAAUCAAACUCUGUCCCAGGAUGCAGCCAUGGGGUUGGUUCUGAGCAACGCGUCUGUAAGAGGGUGGACUACGGGAUCGGGUAUGGAAGGUCCGUCUAUACCCGCCGGAACCGAGGACCAAUCCAAUACGGAGAAAGUCUCUACCUUUCCAUGGUCUCUCUUCACCAAGUCGCCACGUAGACGGAUGCGCGUGGCCUUCACUUGCAAUGUUUGCGGUCAACGAACUACUCGUGCCAUCAAUCCCCACGCUUACACCGAUGGCACCGUAUUCGUUCAGUGCUGUGGAUGCAAUGUUUUCCACAAGCUGGUGGAUAAUCUGAAUUUGUUUCAUGAGAUGAAAUGCUAUGUCAACCCCAGUUUCAACUAUAAGGGAGAUCCGGAAUGGGAUGUCGGAUUCAAAUUAUUCAAUGAGGAAGAUGAUAGUGGCAAUGUGUUUCCUUUAUGAACUGGUGGGUUGAUGGCACAUAAUCUGUACAUUUCUUUGCUCAUUCUGGAAAACUGAUUUCAAUCAUGUUUGUGAAUAGCUUUGUGUAAUUGAUAACUUAUAGCCUUCUUGUCAGCUAAACAUUGUAUUUAUAAAUAAAAAAAUCAAAAUAAUGCUUAGCAUGAUAGCAAUGGCAUUUGAUGUUCAGCGCAGUAUUGUUUUGUUGGUGGGAUAUUGCUGCAUGCACUUUUUAAGCUUUAACAUGUUCCAAGUUUUUUAUUUGAUUUUGUUAUAAUUUUCAAUUUUAUAUUUGCUUCA